CAAACAAACAAAACCUAAACAAAAACAUACUAUACACUUUGACGCCUUAUUUAAAUUUGACGCGAGUGAGAGCGAGAGAGAUGCACAAUCAAAUAUCCGAAUUCACUUUUGACUAAACCAUCCCCAAAUUUACAUUCGACUCCACAAACUCCAUCAUAUUACAAAACCGUCGUCCGUCUUCCUAUAAAUACUCGAUUGAAUCCUCGGCCUCCGACCCACACUCCGAACCUGACCUGAAACCCUAAAAAUGGAGGGGGCCACUUCGAGCGCGAGGGACGAAGCGCGGUACCGCGGCGUUCGGCGGCGGCCGUGGGGCAAAUUCGCGGCGGAGAUUCGCGAUCCGACGCGGCAGGGGGCGCGGCUGUGGCUGGGAACGUUCGACACGGCGGAGGGGGCGGCGAGGGCCUACGACAGGGCGGCGUUCAAGCUCAGGGGCCAUUUGGCAAUAUUGAAUUUCCCCAAUGAGUACUAUUCUCAGCUCGCCAUUCCGCCGUACCGUCCGCCGCCGCCACCGCCGCCGCGAUACGGCGGCUAUUGCUCGCCGGCGGACAAGAUUGAGCUCGAGUGUCUGGACGAGGGCUUGCUCGAGAGGCUCCUAGAAUCCUCCGAAAAAUGAAAAUAUUAUAAUUAUAUAUAUAUAUAUAUAGAUAUUGUGGUAUGAUGAAUUUGGUCUUUGUUGUUCUACGUGAUUUUCGAAUUAAUGUACAUUUUAUGGAAAAUAAUAAA